CCAAGAGAGAGUGUAGGAUAUAACUGGACAAAAUGUCUCUUCAUUUAGGUUUUCCCAAAUCCCUUCUCUUUUGUGUCGCUUCCAUUAAAAUUUUCUGCACCAUCAACCCCUCCGAUUUCUCUGCUUAAUCUUUUCAUCUCUCUUCGCUCUCACAUCACUUUUUUCGCCAAAGUGAUAAUUUUUUCGAGUGGUAGUCAAUGCAUAUAUCGAGAUGCAUACUGGUUUAUCUUUGUUGGUUACUGUGUUAAGUUUUUUUCGGUGUUAAAAUUUAGCGAGAUGAGCACGUCGCACCGGCAGAAAGAAAACAAUGAGAAGAGCAGGAGGCCCUCCCUGCAUAAUAACGAUGAAGGAAGUGCAGCUCGAACGAGGCCUUUCAGCUUCGAAGAGAUUAUGCUUAGGAGGAAAGGGAAGAGCUUUUCUGAGGAUGUCAAAGAGAAAGUUGUCGAAGAACAAAUUGUGUCGAGUGAGAAUGUUGUUAAGAGUGUGGCUCAUUGCUUGGGAUCCGAAAGGGUUUACAGACACUAUACAAAUUCUUUGCCUGUUGCUGAGAGGCAUGUGGUAGAGGAGGAAAAAAGGGGAAGUUUCAGAAAAGAAGAAAAGAAGACUUCAGUAAGUGAUAAAUCUGAAGAAAGUCGUGCGAAAAGGAAAGAGAGAGGAACUCGUAGGUUGGAAAGCAAAGUGGAGGUUGUAUUUAGUAGACCAAACAAUGAAACAAGGAAUGAAAUUAAGGGAGGCAAGAAUGACAAAAAAAUGCAUGAUAGGAGAGAAAACGAUAAGCGUUCAACUGAUAAUAUUCAAAAGGAAGCUGGAAAGAGGCACUCAAGGGACUCAAGAGGAAAGGAGAGACAUACAAAAUCAAGUAGAGGAAAAUCUGAAAGAGAAAGCAAGAGAAAAUACAUUAAUGGAGAUGAUGAGAAAAUAAAAGACAGGAAUCCUGCAAAGAAACUCGAUACAGGAAGGCAUCAUGAAACAGACAAUUCAGCGAGAAACAAGAGGAAGGAACCAUCGCAAUAUCGUUUUGAAGAACCGAGGCCGAAAACGGAACGUUCUAGGAGUAGAGAUCAUGAUCGUAGAAGUAGAAGGUCCAAAUCACCCUCAUUAAAGGAUCAUAAAACCGCAUCUUAUGAUAGGAUGACAUAUAGAGAGGUUGCUUCACAUUCUCAUAAAGAUAAGUCUCGAAAACCACAUCAUGCUGAUAGGAACAGAUUAUCAAGUAAUGGCUCAAGUCGCCGACGCGAUGAGUCCCCUAGUGCGCUCGGUGGCUAUUCACCGAGGAAGCGAAUUACUGAGGCUGCUGCUAAGACUCCUCCUCCACCCGAUCAUUCAUCAGAGAAGAAAAUUGCCAAGUGGGAUGUCCCACCUGCAGGAACUGACAACGUAUUAUCUGCUUCAGUUCCGUCUAAUUUUCAGUCAUCAAACAAUAUUGAGUCCACGGGUGUGCAAGAGUUGGCUAGUGCUGCUCCUAUUGCUUCAACUUUUCCACAGUUGCCUUCUGCAGUUCCUUCCAUUGCAGUAUCAACUAGAAGCUUUGCCUCCAUUGACACCGUCCAACUAACACAAGCUACACGGCCUAUGAGGAGGCUUUAUGUGGAGAAUAUUCCUUCUUCAACCUCCGAGAAAGCUUUGGUGGAAUGGUUUAAUGAUCUUUUCUUGUCGUCAAGAGUUAAUCAUAUCCAAGGAACUCAACCAUGCAUCAGCUGUAUUAUAAACAAAGAGAAGAGCCAAGCUCUUGUCGAGUUUCUUACACCGGAAGAUGCUUCAGCAGCUCUUUCUUUUAAUGGGAGUUCCAUUUCUGGUUCUGUUCUGAAAAUUAGACGCCCUAAGGACUUUGUUGAAGUGGCAACUGGUGACCUGGAGAAAUCAACGGAUGCGGUUGAUACAAUUAGUGAUGUCGUGAAGGAUUCGCCCAACAAGAUCUUUAUUGGUGGAAUUUCAAAGGCUCUUUCAUCAAAGAUGCUCAUGGAGAUUGUUAGUGCCUUUGGACCUCUGAAGGCCUACCACUUUGAGGUCAAUGAUGAGCUGAAUGAUCCAUGUGCUUUUCUGGAGUAUGUAGAUCAAUCUAUUGCUCCCAAAGCUUGCGCGGGUCUCAAUGGCAUGAAAUUGGGAGGGAAAGUACUAACUGUUAUUCAGGCGAUCCGGGGUGCAGAAUCUUUGGGAAAUUCUGCGGAGUCAUCAUUGUAUAAGAUUCCAGAGCAUGCAAAGCCACUUCUCAAACAGCCUACGCAAGUCCUAAAGCUUAAAAAUAUGUUCAACUUGGUGGGUUUCUCUUCCCUAUCCGAACCAGAAGUUGAAGAAGUUAUUGAAGAUGUUCGAUUGGAGUGUGUAAGGUUUGGCAAUGUCAAAUCUGUUAAUGUAGUCAAGCAAAGUAAUAGCCAGAUUACCAGCUCGGGAAUAUGUGAACUCAACAACAGGGCACAAACUGGGGAGUUUGGACCAAACUUGGGGUGUGAGGGUAAUAAUGCAAAAACAGAAAACUUUGGAGGAUGUACAAAUGGAGAGCCUAGUGGAAUUGCUGCGUUAGAGUUUGUGAAGAACGAUCAAGAACUUAAGGAAAACGAAGUACCAAAAGAUAGUGGCACUGAUAAUAGACAACUAGAUAAUAUUAUUGCAGAGGACAAAUCAUGUCAAACGGGCCAGCUUACUAGUGAUGAGAAUGAACCUAAUAUUAUUCCGGAAGAACUUCCCACCCAGUUGAACAGCCCAAGAGAAGUGUCAGAGCAGCUUGAUGACAAGGUUGGUAGUGCUACUCCAACUGACACACAUGGCAUGGAAAAGAAAAUAACAGGUGAAGAUAACUCAACUCGAGGGGACACUGAUAGUAAGAAACAAGGAACUGUUGAAGAAUUUGACGGUUUUAUGGAAACAGAAUCGAAUGACAAGGUAAUGGAUGAUAGUAAGGAACAGUUCGAUCUUGGAAGCAUAUUUGAGGUUGGUUGUGUGUUAGUGGAGUUUGGAAGAACAGAAGCCGCUUGUACGGCAGCGCACUGUUUGCAUGGACGACUGUUUGAUGACCGGAUUGUGUCAGUCGAGUAUGUUGCUCUUGAUCAUUACAAGACAAGGUUUCCAAAAUGAGUGUCUUUCGUAACCGCUAGAUUCAUUCCCAACUGGAGAAGGUCUGAUGACCGUCUAGUGUCCGUGAAUUUCUUGUAGUUGCGCAGUUGAAGAGUUCCAUGGUCCAUAUAGAGUUUUAACAUUUUGGAACGAUGAACGCUUUUCUAAUCAUGCAAAUUGAAGUAAGAAAUGCACGGAGAUCUUGUUCCUCUUUGGGGGUUUAGUGCUAAGCUUGGCUCCAUUGAAUUGAACGAUAUGGUUUUAGAAACGGGAUGGUAGUGAGUAUUUGGAGAGGAAAUGGCUAACUAUGGUCAAUUUUAGUUUAGAUUUUGGUUACAUGUAUGACUUGAUUCAUUUAGCUAAUUCUCUCACACAUAUCACCUUUAUAUCUUAAGUUCGGUUACAAAUGAAGAAAAUGUGUAAUGGAAUUCGCGCUUUCAAUUCCAAUACAUGCUAAAAUGACUAUAAUGUUUAGCAUGUGAAAAGAGAAAACUGAACUUCAUAUGUUUUUAUUAACCACGACUAAGUUUCUCUGUGUUAGAGGCUGUAAUUUUUUUUUUUUUUAUUUGGUGGCUUUUUUGCGCUGUAGAGUCUGUAUAUUGUAUCAAUUAGGUUUUAGUUGUAAAACCAAAUUUGGGGCCUGAUCUUUGACCUGCAAGCUGAAUUCUGUUUUGGUUUUUGCAAAUCAGGCAAUAGUACUUGUAG